GCACCGACCAAAGCUAGCAGCAGGCAACAUGCUGGGAGCUGGCCAACAGGGAAGAGCCACCUGCUUACUUCCAUUCGGAUUCGGAGCUGGGAAUGACGUCACAGCCGAGUUACGAGCGUUCCAGUUAUGAGGUCAUGCAUCCAGGGAAGAAAUAUAGUCUGAGAGAGGAUAAAAAAAUAUGAAAGGCGGCUCGGCAGCAGAGAGGAGAGAAAAGCUUCUAAAGAGCGCCCGAGGGGGAUCACAUCGCGCCCGGAUCAGACAUGUCGAGGUCCUUCUACGUGGAUUCCCUCAUCGUCAAGGAUGCGGCGGUCAGACCCGGGGCGGCCGAGCGGCACCCGGCGGCGCACGACUUCCUCCUGCCCAUCGGCGUGCACGCCCCGGGCGUCGUGUCCGUGGGCCCGGCGUGUCCCUCCAGGAAGAGCGGCGCCUUCUGCGUGUGCCCGCUGUGCGUCACCACGCACAUACACGCGUCCCGGGGCGGCGUGCCCGCGCUCAAGGGCCACUUUGCGGGCGCCGAGUACUGCCACAGGUUCGCGCACCAGCACCAGCAGACUCCCUCUCUUGCGCACCCGGGACACGCACCCGUUUGCACGGCCACCUUCAGCGUCACGGACCCGCGGAGGUACCACUGCGUGUCGAUGGGCGCCACGGAGGGCACCCACGUCCAAAACGGCAAGCGCAUGCGCACGGCCUUCACCAGCACGCAGCUGCUGGAGCUGGAGCGCGAGUUCUCCAGCAACAUGUACCUGUCGCGCCUGCGCAGGAUCGAGAUCGCCACCUACCUGAGCCUGUCCGAGAAGCAGGUGAAGAUCUGGUUCCAGAACCGGCGCGUCAAGCACAAGAAGGAGGGCAAGGCGGCGCAGAGGAGCGCGCUGCACGGCGGCUGCAAGUGCGCGGCGGCCGCGCGUCACCAAGGCGGCCCGGCGGACUACCCGCGCUCCGAGGACGAGGAGUCCCUCUCGCCCGCCUCGGCCUCCGAGGAGAAGGACGCGGCGGUCAUGUGACUUUGGACCAUCGUGCAUGAAAGAGAAACUUUGGUAUAAUGUGACCCCUGUAUAGGUUGUGACUAGAGAUGUCCGAUAAUAUCGGAAAAUGUAAUAUCGGAAAUUAUCGGUAUCAAUUUUUUUAUUAUCGGUAUCGUUUUUUGUUUUUUAUUAAAUCAACAUAAAAAACACAAGAUACACUUACAACUAGUACACCAACCCAAAAAACCUCCCUCCCCCAUUUACACUCAUCACACAAAAGGGUUGUUUCUUUCUGUUAUUAAUAUUUCUGGUUGCUACAUUAUAUAUCAACAAUACAGUCUGCAAGGGAUACAGUCCGUAAGCACACAUGAUUGUGCGCGCUGCUGGUCCACUAAUAGUACAAACAUUUAACAGUUAAUUUUACUCAUUUUCAUUAAUUACUAGUUUCUAUGUAACUGUUUUAUAUUGUUUUACUUUCUUUUUUAUUCAAGAAGAUGUUUUAAAUUUAUUCAUCUUAUUUUUUUUUUUAAAGGACCUUAUCUUCACCAUACCUGGUUGUCCAAAUUAGGCAUAAUAAUGUGUUAAUUUCACGACUGUAUAUAUCGGUAUCGGUAAUUAAGAGUUGGACAAUAUCGGAUAUCGGCAAAAAAAGCCAUUAUCGGACAUCCCUAGUUGUGACCUAUGACCCCCUCACUGUGCGCCCUUAUAGAAGCGAUAUAUGAAAUAAUAGCACAACCCGUGUUUGCGAGCUAUUGUGUAUAUGUGUAUUUAUUGUAAUAAUAAACAUGUUGGACUUACCUUUUCAUUGCUUAUGUAUUCGUCCAAAAGGUGCUUCAACCAAAAGUGUUGGAAUUUACAAUUCAGGCACUUGUCCGUAAAUGCAGCAUGAUGGUCAUAUGCAUGUAACAAUAU